UAAGUCAAGUAAUAACAAAAUAUUACUUGUCUAAGAUAGAUUAGAUUCUUAAAAAAAAAUUGUUAUAAAAUAAUUUAAUAAUAAUUAUUAAUUUAGUUAAGAAAAACAAAAUGAAAUAAAAGCAUUGUAAGAUUUAUAGCAUCCUAAUAUUGUAAAAAUAUUAGAUUUCGAUUAAUAAAAUAUUUUACUUGAAUAUAUGGAAAACGGAGAACUUUUUAGUUUUGUAGAAAAAAAAGCAUUGCCAGAAAAUAUUGCAAGAUUUUAUUUUAAAUAACUUAUUAUUGCGGUUUAAUAUAUACAUGAGUAAUCUUAUGUACAUAGGGAUAUUAAACUUGAGAAUAUACUUAUAGAUUAAAAAUAUAAUUUAAAAUUGGCUGAUUUCGGGUUCUCAGUUAAACUUAAAAAAUAGGAAAUUAAAUUGAGGAAAUUUUUAGGAACUAAAGGUUAUAUGGCACCUGAGUUGGAAGAAUAAUUACCUUAUGAUGGAAAAAAGGUAGAUAUUUUUGCAUGUGGGGUUGUUUUAUUUUGUAUGGUUAGUUAGAUACCUCCUUUUUUUAAGGCUUCUUAAUGUGAUAAGUACUAUGAUUUUUUUUAUUAAAAUAAUCAAGAGGGCUAUUGGAAUUAUAUAUCUCUAAAAUAUAAGAAAGUAUUUAGUAAUGAAUUUAAAGAUUUAAUUAAUGCAAUGUUUAAUAUAGAUCCUGAAUUAAGAUUUAGUUAUGAAGAAAUUUUAUAACAUCCAUGGAUGGAUGAGAAUUUAAUUUGUACAUAAGAGGAGGCAUAAGAAUUUUUGAAAUAAAUUGUUUGAAAUUUGAUUUUUUUUAGGUUUAU